GGUUGUCGUCACUCAAUGCGCUGUCACGCAGUUACGAAAGCUUGGACAGUUGUAACAGGCAGCAUGUCCUACUGGUCCUUGUUUUUUUUUGUGUAGGUUAUAUUGAUGUUAGUAAAGCUAUAGAAGAUUUAGUCGAAACUGUAGAGGCAUUACAGUAACCCGCGUCGUUAUUCAACGGGAAAGAAGACGGAAGUCCUCAGUGGCUCUUCCGUGGUUGCUUGGGUUUACAUGCUGUUAACGUUAGCUGAGGCCCAGCGGCUGUUUAACGUGACAUUUGACCGAGGUGUUCAGGAAAACUUCUCAGGUGACACCGCCUCUCUACUGGUAAGUGUCCACUGGAAGAAUAAACUCCAUCAUCACAAUGACAGCUCAGGAAGGAGAGGGAUGGGGAGGCAUUAAUCUGUCGCCUCACCUGCACACGGAUGAGUGCAAUGAACUAAUAACUCGUCUAAAGCAAUGCCACGCAGAGCACAAUGUCCUGAAGUUCUUUGGAACGUGCAAUGAUGUGGACCGUGCUAUGCGUCAGUGCCUGAAGAAAGAGAGACUGGAUAAGCGGGAGCGCAGCAAGCAGCAUGCGCAAGAGAUGAAAAGGAGGCUGAAAGAAGGGCCCAAGGAGCAUGUCUGAAGGACAUUUUACUGCAUUCAGAUACACAUUCAGAUAUUCAGAUACUGGGGCAUUGGAUUAAGCAUCGCACUGUGUAACAUGCCUCACCUGCUGUUUUUGUGUCAAGACAGAGCAAGGGUUGCAUCUCUGUCUCUUUGUAUAUUCAGAGGAGUGUGGGUCAUAUCAGCAAUCACAGGUCUAAGUAUGAUGUGAUAGUGUACAUCAACUAGUUCAAGAUGCUGCUGUUACUGUAUAUUAUUGCUUCGACUAUUAAUUUGAUAUUAGUUGAGAGAAAUACAAGUAGAAAGGUUAUUUAAAUGUUGGGCUCAUACAGUACAAACCUGUUUAAGAUGUACAGCCUACUCCUAUAUUUACUUUGUAAUGAACACUUCUAACCAAAACUUGCAGUGUUACCAGAACAUACUAUGCCAACAUUAAAACAACAACAUCUAGUACUUUGGAUUUAAAAUUGCUGUUAGGGAUCCUCAUUUAUUUCCCCUAUGUUAGCAGCAUACUACAACUCCAUCAAAGAGGUUAGUGUAGCUGGUGGCAGAACCCUUUCAUCCAACCGUGAUUUUAGUUGGCAGGACACCUCAGGAAUAUUCUGGUCCAUUUCAGGUGCAUAUAGGAUGCAUAUAUAAAAAGACCCAGGGCAGGAGAACCAGUGGCUUAGUUACUCUCACUGUGAGUAUACAUACAGUACAUUCUGUACAUAUUCAUUGUUGUUUGAAAGGUUAUUUGAAAGGGGAAUCAUAUUGAUUAAUGAGAAGUUUAAUUCCUUUCAAAUAAAGUGAAAUGAUCCAUUAAGAACCGA